GCCAGGCAUAGCUGAGCCACGGUGGACGCGCGUCACAUUCUUGCAUGGUGUACAUGUGUGCGUUUACCCCCCGUGUUGCCUGUGAAAUGUGUAUGCAUAUUGUGUUAUUUUGCGCUGGAACUAGGUUCUUUAGGACAGUUUCAUCGGCUGGUAGGGACAGCAACAGGUGCAGUACGGAGGCAGCAGCACGUGCAACUGUCCCUGGCGAGUACACAUUCCCAACGCCACCGCUGGACCUGCAGGAGCAGCUCAAAGGUCUGCGGGCUGGUGACUUAACUGACCAACUAAGGGCCAAAAUUGUGAGAUGGUUGCACAUGGACAUCUGUCGUUACAGCCUGUAUCCAGGAAGGAGAAAUCUCUAUCAUGAAGCGGCACGCCUUUUGGUUUUCUUCUACCCAGCUCUGCGAGACAUCAACGGACCAGGCUUUAACUCCUGGUGGCGCCAACUCAAGAAUAGGACGAAAAACCAGCGAAAAUCGUUGACAGAGAUCCAGGCAGUACAGGCAACACGUGCAAAAUAUGGAAAACGGAAACGACAGGAACAGAGCCCUUCCCCUUCAAGGGGUUGUGUACGCCAAACGGUGGCAGGUCACCUCGAGGGCCAGUCAGAGGAUGGUGAAACGGUAUCGGCACACCGGCUGUUCAUGGUCAGGGAAAUGAAAAGGAACGCUGAGGACAGGCACCUGGACCGGGUUACGGAUGCCAUGGCUAGGACGCAUGCCGUGAGGAGGCGACUGAUUGAACAGGAGGACGGUGAGGCACCACAGUGCUUGACAGUAGCAGAGAUACUCGCAGAGUACCCGGCACUUGCACUGGAACAUGAGAUAUACAACGAAUUUCAUCGCCUCACGAGGUGCCAUGUGGAAACUGGAUUGAAUACCUUUGUGGAGAGGUAUGGAAAGGCUGUUAUUGAUGUAGCAUCACGCCGCAAGUAUGCGCUGAAGUGCUUGGCAGGUUUCCCACCACACUUGAGGAGUGCAGUUGACGAGGGACCAUUUGGCCUGUGACCCAGCACACCCAUGCAUCGAAGUAUCUGGGGCACCGUGGGCACCGUCUUCAAUCAGAGUGCAGUUGGAGAGCUUUUCACUGGUCGCUGCUAACCUGACCACUGCAAUGGCACUUGUGGUAUCAUUGUACUGGGUGUACAAUAUUCAUUACUCCAAAAGGUCGAAGAAGGUCUUCACGUUCCUUGAGAGCAUCUUGGGGCUUCCUCAGGCCCCUGGAGUCUCAAUUCUUGUAACAAAACUUCAGAAUGAGAUUGGUUUUCAAGCAGAGCAAUAAAUGUUUUGUUCUGUUCA